CGUUGAUUGUUAUCAGUCAUAACUGUGACGUGUUCACGACUCGCUAAAGUUGCUCUAAACAGCACUGUGGCGUGUUAGCGUGAUAUUAGAUCUGUGGCUAGAGCGUGUUAAAGGAGGAAACAAGAGCCUGGCUGUAUGUGUUCGGCUGUGUACCCAAAAUCAGGGCUAAAAUGUGCAGGAGCGAAGGGGACGGACGGUGGAGUUUAUGUUGAGCUAAAGGCUAAAUGUCAAACUUUGUUUAUCGACUGUUUGUCGAACAGACUAUUUUGUGUUUUGGUUGUUGUUUAGUGGUUUAAAUAUAUAUAUAUAUAUAUUUUUUUUCAACAGUUCAAUCGGUUAAAGUCGUCGGUUAUACGGUCGUGUUCGUGUUUGCACUCAGGCACCGCUGAGGAAGCCCUCUCUGCCCGGACCCCCUUCUCCCACCUCCUCGAGCUGCGGCCAAUCACACCGCGUCUCGGGUCUCAUUGGCCGUCAUGCUGGAGAGGCCGGAGCUUAAUUUGGCAGUUGAUUGGUCGACUACGCAGUCGCUCACGUCAUCCUUGCAGCUGCUGUAUAAAUGUGUGGGCCUGGGCUCGUGAGCUAUCAGUUAGCAGCUAGCGCAGCACACUUUCUGUACAAACUUAUGUGCCUGGCCGUUUUCCUGCACACACGUACACACUCUGCCACAUGCACGCGCGUGCACGGACAGCUCGCGGGGGGGUCUGAAUUCACACGCAUUGCGGGUUUUGCGCGCGGCUUUUGGUAGCUGUUUGUCUUUGCGUGUGUUUGUGUGUUAGCUUCACGCUAGUUGCUUCCUGCCAGUCUACUGGUGGUUGCUAACUGGAGUGGCUAACUGUUUACCUGCUAGUUUCUCACUGUUUGAAUUAUUCAUGAGCGCGCUCCGUGAUUGGUGGAGUCAGCCGCCGGGGCGGAGUUAGGACGUAUUUUUGAGAGUGGGGGGUAUGGGGGGUGGAGUCACGUACACAUACAUACGCAGACCUAUUUGUGUCACAAACACACACUUGGAGUGAGAGUGUGUGAUUAUAUUGCAAACGGGGCGUGGUUACAGGACGACAACAAGUGACUGGAGCAAGUAGGACGAUUACUGUCAUUGGCUGAAAGGUGGAAGAUGAUGUCGUUAGACAAGGAGACGGUCCUUUCUCAGGAGGCACCCGUCAAAGUCAGCCCCGCCUUCCCCGUUAACAUGAACUUAUCGGAGCAGCCACAGCUGGCUAAGAUCCGCCCCCUCUGUCCUAAUAAUGGCCUUCAGCCACCCAACAACACGCAGCCCCCGCCCCAGACACAGCGAAUCGCAAAGAGGCGUUACUCUAUGGGCCCGGGCUUUAAGGGGCCGGCUAAGCGUCGCCGCCGCACCAACAGUGACAGCCAGUCAGAGCCAAGGCUCCCAAGUCACUUCCUGUUGGGCGGGAACAUCUUCGACCCGCUGAACCUGAACUCGCUGCUGGACGAAGAAGUCAACAGAGCAACCAAUCAGGAGACACCAAAGUGCUCACCCCUGCCGUCACGGGGCAGAGACCCCGUAGAGAUUCUAGUUCCACGUGACAUCACCGACCCCCUUAACCUGAAGGGAGGCGGGGGGGACGGGGAGGUGGAAGGGGGAGUCCUGCUGUCCCCUGUGAAGUCCAGGAGGAGACACAGGAACAGACACCAUGGUGGUGGUGGUGGUGGUGAGGGGGAGAGGGAGGUGAUACCUGCACGACUGUUUCCCUCCACAGCUCCACUGACAGUUCCCCUGUUGACCAGGGAGGGCAGUGUAGCUGCAUCUCCUCUUCCCUGCGAGCUCAACACGGCUAUCACAUGUCGAGAUGACUUGGUUCCACCCCCCGCUCUUCCAAGGAGACACACGCAUCCGCUGCCGGGAUCCGCCCACAAAUCUAGUAACCAGGGUGAUGGUCGCCAGCGGAGACGGCGACGCACCACCUCCGUGAAGUUGGGAGAUGGUGCUGCCAACACUGUCACCGUGGCGACUGCGGCUCAAUCAACCAAAUUCCAUACGCCACUAGUGGGAGGAGCCAAAGCUGGCAGGUGUGGAGGAUCUCAGUCGUCCACUCAGCCUCCAGAGAGGAAGAAGGACAGACACCGGUACCAGUAUGGCAACCACAACCGUUUCUACGGCUACCAUGGUUUCUAUGGUGACAAUUUGGAGGGGCGGGUGGGUGUGGAGGAGGACCCGCGUCUCCAUCUCCUGGAAGCCGAUUGGUUCAGAGACAAGAGGGUGCUGGAGGUGGGCUGUGGCGCCGGUCACAUGACAAUAAGUAUCGCUCGGAAAUUUGACCCCGCCCACAUCCUGGGAGUGGAGCUGGAUGAGCGAUUGGUCCACACCGCCAAGCAGAAUGUCAGGCACUUCCUGUCACAUGACCUGGUGGUGGAGGAGAGGAAAAUGAGGAGGAAAGGAAUGACAGGGGAAGAAGAGAAGGAGAAGAAUGACGAGGAAGAGGAGUUGACGGAGGUGUUCCAGGGGGCGCUCUCUCUCCUCUCCUUCCCGCUGUCAUUCAGAGUGAGUCGGGGUCCUCUCUCAGCUCCUCCCCUUGUCCCUCCCCCCACCUCCUCCUCCAGGUUCCCCAACAACAUCACCUUCAUACAGGGGGACUAUGUGUCAGAGAAGGAGUCCUGGCCAGGGCGGGGCCAGUAUGAUGUCAUCAUGUGUCUGGGUGUGACCAAAUGGAUACAGCUGCAGUCAGGUGAUGGGGGUGUGGUCAGACUAUUCAAGCGUGCCUAUCAGAGUCUGUCUCUGGGCGGAAUAUUCAUCCUGGAGCCGCAGCCGUGGAGCAGCUACAGCCACAGCAAGAGGGCGUCGGAGCAAACAUAUCGUAACUACAGGAACGUGAGGCUGAGACCUGAACAGUUCACCUGCUUCCUGACGAACACCGUGGGCUUCACCUCGUACAGACUACUCACUUGCACAGGUAACCAGCGACCGAUCUACCUGUUCCACAAAGGCCAUGCCCAGAGGAAGUGAUGUCACACAACCGGAAGUGAUGUGUCUUUUCCCUCAAGGUAGCUCAUGCUCGUUUCCACGACAGCAGGUUCAAACUGGUGGAGGCGCGAUGACACCUCUCUUACAUUUUUGACUGUAAGCUUGCAGCCGAUUGGCCGAACAGGUGACUCUUUGAUGACAUCACACAGCAGAGGAGAAAAUGAUUGGUCAGCAGGGUUUUCUGAGGAAUGUGAUCGGUCAGCACGGGCUCAUCAAGUAAAAAUUGGACACUGGAGAGGAAGUGAUGUGUGUCCACGUCCGUCUUUUCAAAAUAAGUUGCAUUUUAUUUGUUUGUUUGUUUGUUUGUUUUUUCUCCCAAAAAUAUAGAGAAUUUAUCAGCUAUGGCUUCACUGUGUCAUCUUUUCUGUCAGAUGAUCAACAAAUCAAAUAAUUGAUCGGCAGAGAAGUUGUGACUAAUUUUCUCUCAGUUGAAGAGAUUUCAUUUUCCUGUUUGCUUUCACAAUAAAAGCUUUUGUAAAAUCCA